UCGAGGGAGAGGGGAGUCGCGGAUUGGUAGCGGUCUUGCAGGGGCAGCUUUUGUAGAGUCGUGCGCGAUAAACAAGUUAGCAUCUGGUUCCACUCAUUGAAGAUCCUGAUAUGUCAGCCAGGAAAACCAAAACGUCCACUUCUGUGGAUGACGAUGUGUGCAUUGUUUGUUUCAAGAAUAUUACUAUUCGCUGCAUUAUGGACUGUGAACACACCAUAUGCUACGAAUGCUCAACAAGACUGAGAGUUCUGUGUGAAAAGCUGGAAUGUCCGAUUUGUCGUCAGGAAACAACAAUUGCGGUGUUUUCGCGCGACAAAGGCUCGUUCCGGUCGCUCUUCAUGCGCGCGCUGUACAACGAGGACAAGUACAAGCUGGCGCUGGAGGACGAGGCGGUGCGCCGAGCCUUCGCGGGCCUGCUGGCGCACAACUGCCCCGUCUGUCCGCAGCGGCGCGGCUUCGGCACGUUCAAGCAGCUGAGCGACCACGUGCUGCGCGAGCAUCAGCUCAUGUACUGCGACCUAUGCGUGGGGCACCUGAAGAUCUUCACAUCGGAGCGGAAGCUGUACAACCGGGAGCGUCUGGCGCUACAUCGGCGCAAGGGCGACCCGGACAACUCCUCCCACCGCGGCCACCCGCUCUGCAAGUACUGCGAAAAACGGUACGUGGGCGGUCAGAACUGGUUCCUGCACCUUCGGCGGGACCACUUCUACUGCCAUCUGUGCGAGGCUGACGGCGAGCAGAUCUUCUACGACGACUACAGCCACCUGGCGGAUCACUUUCGCGAAGAGCACUUCCUCUGCGAGCAGGGCGAGUGUCUGGAGAAGAAGUUCAUCGUCUUCAGGACCAAUAUCGACCUGCAAGCGCACCGCGCCACGGCCCACUCGGACAACAAGAGCCGCGCGCAGCAGCGCCAGGAUCGGGUGCUGACGCUGGAGUUCAGCGCCGAGCAGGGCGGCCGCCGCCGGCGCAACGACCGCUACGGCGACGCGCGCAACGACAGGAGGGAGCAAGGCGCCAGGGCCCACUCGCCGCCGCCGCCUCCUCCGCCUCUACCGCCGCAGCAGGCGCCGCCGAUGAACACAAGCAGCACGCAGGAGUUCCCGACUCUGGGCACGGGCGCGGCGGAAGGCGCUGAGAUCAGCGGCAGGGGCGGCAGCUUGGCACAGCGCGUGGCGAGCGCGGUGUCCAGCUCGGGCAACAUCACGGUCGAGCGGCGGCCGCCGGACGGCGCUACCAGCGGCGCUGCCAGCGGCGGCGGGGCGAAGGGCAAGAAGAAGAAGAAGCGGCCGGCGGCCGGCGAGGGCGGCGCCGAGGCCGGCCGGCAGAACGGCGUCAGCACCGCCGAGAGCGUGGAGGUGCGCAAGGCGACGGCGGCGGUGAACGGACUGUCGGUGGCGCCGCGGCCGCCGCCCGGCCUGCCGCCGCCGGGCCUGGCCGAGCCGACCGCCGGCUCCCGGCACGGUGGCUUCGAGUACCAGCGGCCGGAGAACUUCACGGCGCGCAACGGCCGCCUGGUGCUGCAGGCGCGCGAGCUCAUCCAGUCCGAGCAGGGCCUGGACGCCUUCAAGACCCUGUCGAAGACGUACCUGGGCGGCGGUCUGUCGGGCGAGGAUUACUACGCCAGCUGCAUGACCCUCAUGGGCAACGACAAGUUCGGCAAGGUGUUUCCCGAGCUGCUGGUGCUGCUGCCCGACAUCAGUAAGCAGCAGGAGCUGCUGGCGGCCCACGAGAAGCUGAACAAGAACGGCUUCCAGCGCAACAAGUUCCCGGCGUGCCCGACCUGCUCGCAGGUGCUGGUGUUCGCCGACUUCGCGCAGCACACGUCGCGGCACUGUCAAGACGGCGACUUCCCGGCUCUGUCCUGAGGUCGCGCGC